AUGGGAAAUUAUAAAUCGCGACCUCGAACAUCGUGUGCAGAUGAAUUAAAAAAGAAAAUAAGUGAAGGAUACGCAGUUAUAAGAUCGCGCUUAAACGACGAUAUAAAACCACGAGUGGAAUGUUGGAAUAAUUUGCAGAAUGCUUGCUUGUCUGUCCAAGGAUCAUUGAAGAAUUUUGAAGAACACUUCGAUAUUUGUAAGACUGAUGAAAGAACCGACGAUCAUCUUUUGAACAUUCUUCACCUUGUCUGUGCUGGUUACAGCGAACAGCAAAAGGAGAAGUUGAAUUAUUUGCUUAAGAAAUGCAGUGAACGCGAUUUGCUCAAUUCACUUUUGAAUCAAACCACAAAAAAUGGAUUUACAGCAAUCCAUAUUGCUGUUUAUAAAUGUGAAAGAGAAACGAUUGAAGAAUUAUUAUUGUAUGGAGCAGAUAUAAAUUUUGCUGGGGAUGUAAAUCUACCACCAAUUCAUUUGGCUUCGAUGUGUGGUAAUAUUGAUAUCGUUGAAUUACUGGUUGAUAAGGGAGUUGCGCUACAAUCUGUCGAUUUCGUCCAUUUUAGUGCUCUCCAUUGUGCAACAUACUUCAAUCAUGAAAAGGUCGUUCGGUAUUUGCUAAAAAGAGGAACAGAUCCGAAUUUCAGUGGUGGAGCUGGAGACCGAGCCUUACAUCUAGCAAGUAGCAAAGGUCAAUUAGGAAUCGUUUCGGCACUUUUAGAAGCUGGAGCUGAUCGUAAGACUUUCUUGGCAUUAAAAACAAAUAUUUACGGUGAUACACCACUGCACACAGCUUGUUAUGCUGGUCGGUUAGAUGCUGUUAAGAGACUGCUAAAUGUUACAGGUUCGAAUACGCUUAACAAGGAAAACAUAUUCUCAGAAACACCUCUUCAUGCUGCUUGCACAGGUGGCCGUAACCUGGAAUUGGUAGCGUUUCUUUUAAAACAGCCUGGUGUUAAUGCUAAUUUUCAAGGACAAGAUGGACAUACCGCGCUUCAUAGUGCAUGUUACCACGGCCACCUUAGAUUUGUACAACUUCUUCUGGAAAAUGGCGCUGAUCAGUCGUUAACAGCUCGUGCAAAUGAUUGCCCUGUUGCUUCCGUGGCAACUUGUACUCGGUUAGAUGGAAAUGAAUCGCUGCAUAAUCCAGUUUCAUCGAUAUUAAAUCCGAACAAUGAACAACAGCAACAGACACCUGUAAUUUGGGCUUAUGAAAAGGGGCAUGAUCAAAUAGUUGCCUUAUUGAAAUAUUAUGCUAAUAAACGUCCAGAUUCUGAUGUUUGCUCCGAAUAUAGCUCGGGCGAUAGUAGCUACACUCCUCUACCAAGUCCACUUGGUCGAUUGCGUUCGAUGACGAAGGAAAAAGCUGCUGUACUUCAGCUAAGAGCGUCAUUACCCAGUGUAUUUCAUUUAUCACUCGUCGAUAUCGAUUUCCAAGAAGCAGUUGGUAGUGGAUCUUUCGGAAAAGUAUAUAAAGGAACUUAUAAAGGAAGAACCGUCGCUAUUAAAAGGUACCGAACAGUAUCGUAUGGAUCGAAAACUGAAGUAGAUAUGUUUUGUCGAGAAGUUUCAAUAUUGAGAAAAUUGCAACAUCCCAAUGUUAUAUGUUUCGUUGGCGCUUGCUUGGAGGAUCCAAGUCAAUUUGCUAUAAUCACAGAAUUCGUCACCAACGGAUCGCUUUUUUCACUUCUUCAUGAGCAAAAGCGAGUUCUUGAAAUGGCAAUGCGAUUAAAUAUUGGAGUUGAUGUGGCUAAAGGUAUGCGAUACUUGCAUGAAUUACCAAAGAAUCCGAUCAUACAUCGAGAUUUGAACCCGCAUAAUAUUUUGCUGCAUGAGAAUGGAAGAGCUAUUGUUGCCGAUUUCGGGGAAUCGAGAUUUCUGACUCAGAAUGACGAUGAUAAUAUGACUAAACAACCUGGAAAUCUGCGGUGGAUGGCUCCAGAAAUUUUCACACAGUGCGGCAGGUACGAUAGAAAGGCAGAUAUAUUUAGUUACGCUCUAUGCAUUUGGGAACUUCAUGCUACUGAAUUACCUUUCGCUCAUCUUAAGCCAGCAGCAGCUGCUGCUGAAAUGGCAUAUAAACGCGGUCGACCACCACUACCAACGGAACCAACUGCACAAUUUCCAGCACAUAUCUUGUCUACGAUAACAGUGGCAUGGCAUCAUGAUCCAAAAUCACGACCAGAUUUCGUGGAUAUUCUAGCCAAUAUAGAGAAAUUCGCUUCAAACACUGCAAGCUUUGAAAAAUUAUCAAAUAUAUCUGAAACGAACAGAAUCCUUCCUUCAGUUUCUGCACUGAAAUCUCAAUGGGAACAAAGAAGUAUAUCAAGCGGUUAG